AACAAAUUUCACCACAAAAUAAAAUUUUUGCUUUGCUACCGAACCCAAAAAACUUGCAGUGUUAAAAAAUUACCUAACUAAAAAUGUCAGUAGCUGUAAAGCGCCAACUAUCUGUCUCCGAAACUAUCGAAACCACAACAAAACCACCAAAAAAAAUCCGCAUCCAUGCCAAACCAUCAACACACACCCGAGCAACAUCUAUCCUCGCUUCCUUAGAAGUCGCCGCAUCCACCAACAACAGCAAAGAUCUACUCGAAGUUUUAGUCAAAAUAUGUGACGAACUUAACCUCGACGAAGCUCUACCCGAAUUAUACGAUUGCAUUCGUAAGUUGAUUGAAAUUUUCCGUCAAGAAACUGAAUCCACUAUUCGUGCAAAGAUUUUAGGACUAUUCGCUGACUUUGCUCAAGUUAAAACAAGCGAAAUAUUAAAUGUUCUAAUCGACGAGAUUGUCAGUGUGCUGAAGAGUGAAAAAUCAGCCAAAGUCAUUGCACAAGGUUUAUAUAGUUUAUUUCGAAUUGGAACAACUGCUUCCACUCACUUACCAUCGACUCAUGUCACUAAAAUGGGUUUCUUUGCUCAAAGUCAUAUUACUUCGGGUAAUCCAAAUACUCAAAAGAAUGCCUUGUUAGUUUUGGGAGCUUUUAUAAGUCUCGCUGAGGCCAAAAAGGGUGUCCUUGAUAAUAUUGCUCAUUAUGCUGACUCGCAGGAUGCUGGAGUUAGAGCACAAGCAUUCAGAUCGAUUUUAACACUUGGCGAGAGAGGAGCUGUAUUGCCUCCUACUCUCUUUAAUCGAUCUGUUGCAGCAAUGCAAGAUGAUUAUGAAUGUGUUAGGAAGGAAGCUUUGCAAUUGGUCUAUGAACUGGGAAUAAGACAUCCAGAUUAUAUGAUUAAUUUCAAUGAAGAAGAGUUGCGUCUUGUUGAUGCAGCUUUUGGAAAGGUCUGUGGGGCUUUGUGUGAUCUUUCCAUGCAAAUUCGAACUCAGGCAGCUGAGUUGCUAGGAAAUAUGACUCAAGUUAGCUCAGAGUUUCUUCAUCAAACUCUUGAUAAGAAACUUAUGAGUAACCUCCGUCGCAAAAAGAGUUUCCAUGAACGUUCUAAUGAUUUGUUUGCAAGUGGCGAAUGGUCAUCGGGAAAGCGUUGGGGUGAUGACACACCUAAAGAGCAACUUGAAGCUGCUUCUAUAUCUUUGAUUGCUUCUGGAGCUUGUGGAGCUCUUGUUCAUGGUUUGGAAGAUGAAUUUCUUGAAGUUCGGACAGCAGCUGUUGGUUCCAUGUGCAAGUUAGCCAUAACUAAUACUGAUUUUGCUGUAACUUGUUUGGAUUUUCUUGUUGAUAUGUUUAACGAUGAGAUAGAAGAUGUCCGGUUGAAGGCUAUUUAUAGUUUGACUGCGAUUUCUAGGCAUAUCAUUCUUCGUGAGGAUCAAUUAGAAAUUAUGCUGAGUUCGCUGGAAGAUUACUCAGUCGAUGUUCGUGAGGGUCUUCAUUUGAUGUUGGGUGCUUGUAAAGUCUCCACUCAAUCUUGUUUGCUGAUGGUCGUUCAGAAACUUCUCGAUGUUCUGUCCAAGUAUCCCCAAGACAAACAUUCUGCAUUUGGAUGUAUGAGAAAAGUUGGUCAGAAACAUGCUGAUCUGUGUUUGGCAGUCACAUCUGACCUAUUGCAGGAUCAUCCAUUCUUUGAUAGUGCCGAACGAGAUGUGGAAGAUCCUGAGUAUAUUUGCAUACUCAUCAUGUUGUUUAAUGCCGCAGAACACUUGAUGCCGAUUAUAAGUCUCUUUCCCGAUGUGACUCUAAAACACUAUGCUUAUCUUCGGGACACAAUGCCAGAUUUAGUGCCUCAUCUUCCCAUCGAAGGGGCCUCCAUAAAGAAACCUCUUAAAAUGACAGGUUCGACAACUUCUCGACAAUAUCUUGAUACAAUUCUGGGUAAUAUUCAGUCGUCAUUUGCAAUUACAAGGAAUCGAGUACCCUUAUUGAAGACAGCACAGGAGAACUUAAAUCGCUUGGGUGAAAUUGAUCCGGAGAUGUUUGGAACAGCUAAUUUUCUGGGUACUUUUCUUGCUGCUCAGAUUCUCAUCGAACAACUACAAACAUUCACCACUUCACAAAGAAGUCGGACACCAUUGAAGGAGUCUCUAUCUCAGCUUAUAAGGAAUUGCUUGAAACUACAGAAUUUCUUCUCAGGAUUGACCUAUAGCGACAUGUUGUUGGUGAAGCAGAUUUGUCUCAGAGCAAGUGCUCUUCAUCUCGUUUUAAUUGUUAAAGAUCGUUCGCAGUCAGCUCUUGGUCCGUGUCAGUUGCUUCUUCAUACAGCAGCGGAUAUAAGUAAUUUCCUUACCGAAGGUGUUGCUCCAGAUCCAUUUACUACGUCUCUCCUGAGUCAACUUUCAACUAUAUCCGAUCCGAAGCCGGGGAGAGUAUUCAGAGAGAUUCUGCCGAUUGUCCAAAUGGCAUCACCAGUUGUUACACCACCAGCAAAUGUCAACAUCAAAAUGUGCACCGCUCGAAUUGUUGACCCUUGUCCAGAUCAGACACAAGACAAUGCUAUAAAAGUUACAGCUGGACUUAUAGCUGCUUUACCAUUUGUUGCUGAAUUUGGUAAUCUUCAAGAUUCACAGCGUUCAGAGAUGCGUAUUAAGAUCAAAUAUCCUGAUCAGAAUGUUCACACGGUGGUUCCGAAACAAUCGGAUUUUAAGAAAAUUAUGACCGAAACUGGAGAACAUGAAACUAAUUGUAGAUUGAGGACUACGAUACUUUUGUCACAUAGUGUUUGGACGGAAGCUUCAUCGGUGGAGAUAAGUAUUUGUUUGGCAGUUAGACCGGGUACGGAAUUGGAAUUAUGUAAGCCGGCUAAAAUAUUAUUUGCACCGAAACCAGUACGAAGGGGAAUUUAGAUUGAUUCUUUAAUUUUUGUAUUUUUAAAUUAAUGUGGUAUUUUUUGAAAUAAAAGAUGUAUUUUUUUUUUUUGUAAUCAGAU